ACUUUUUGUGAACUAUCAGGAAUCAAGUUUGCUAUGUUGUCUUUUUUAUAUUACUAAAUACUAAUCUGUACAUAUUAGUUUUAGUAUGUCUUUUAGCCAAACGAUAAAAACGUCCUUAAGACCGCCGCUGUAAUGUUUUUACACAGGCUAAUCAAAACUGUGCUAUUGCUGGCCGCUUAAUACGCCCGCGUGAAAAAAGCUGCCCUCAGCUGCCUGCCGUAACUACAAAAAAAGAUUUUGCGUAACACGAAACCGUGGUCUAUCGUACACGCAAAAAUGUCGGAUAUGUCAAAUGUGGGUUGAUACCGAACCAGCCGUCUUUAAAGCGUGCGUUUCCCACCUUUUCUCGCAAACCCGCGCCGUAAUUAACGUUGCGGCGCUUUUCCUCACCGACAGAUGGCGCCACAAACCCAUAUUCCGCAUUUCUCACACCCCCGCUUUAUUCAAAACUUCACAAAUAACCUUUUUUUCCCGAUCCAACGAUUAUCUUUCGAUGCGCGCGAGACGAACCAAUUAUAAUGCAUCGCCGCCCGGCCCGAGCAACGCGCGCCACUGGACGUGUUUUACAAGUCAUGUGAAUAGCGCGCGUCUCGUUCCGCGUGGAAAAAAAAGUUAACUCGAUAAAUCCUGAGCAUUUGUGGCACCGCGCAAUUAAAGCGAGGAGGGAAAGGCGACGCACGCGGCUAAACCCGACGCACUUUCUUCACUUUUCGCCCGGCCGGAGCAGAUGGUGUCCGCGGAGGAGGCGGAACGUCGAAGCGCUGGCUCUCCGCUGCUCUCAGAUCAGUUCAGUCUGAGAUGCGCAUCGACACGCAGCAGGAACGGCUCUGCUUUUUUUCCCCCCCAAACGGAGCCGCAACUUCGCGCGCCGGAGUCUCGGGGAUCGGCGGCACGGCGACCGGAUGACGCGAAAGACGGGAUUUAAGGGUGUUUUCACUUCGGGCUGAACUUGGAGCGUUAAACGCGCAACUUGUUUUUUUUUUGUUGUUGUUGUUGUUGUUUGAUUGCUUGGGAUUUUCACGAUGGCUUUCCUUUGGCUCUUUCUGUUGAUCAGAGGAAAUGCGUGAGGACUCGCGCGCGCGCUCCAGCUGAACAGUUUCACACCUGUGAAGUAAGCGCUUGGACAGGAGGCUCAGGAUGAGAAGAUGGCAGCCAUACUGUUUCCACCGGGUCCUGACAGUCUACACCGGUUCACUCGUGAGUCCCUGGCUGGAAUCGAGCAGCGGAUCGCCGAGGAGGAGGCCCGCAAUGCCAAGGAGUACCAGGAGGACCUGGGUGACGUGGAGCCGCCCAAGUCCCGGGCCGACCUGGAGGCCGGGAAACAGCUCCCGCGAAUCUUUGGAGACAUUCCUCCUGGACUGGUGGGCGUUCCUCUGGAGGACAUCGAUCCGUAUUACUUCCAGAACAAGAGAACUUUUAUAGUACUGAACAAAGGGAAGGCCAUCUUCCGGUUUAGUGCCACGUCUGCACUCUAUAUUUUUAGCCCUUUUCAUCCCGUUAGAAGAGCAUCAAUAAGGAUUUUAGUACACUCUUUAUUCAGUCUUUUCAUUAUGUGCACUAUUUUGACCAACUGCUGCUUCAUGGCCAUGUCUGAACCAGCGCAGUGGGCCAAAUACGUCGAGUACACGUUCACCGGCAUUUACACGUUCGAGUCGCUGAUAAAGAUCCUGGCGCGGGGCUUCUGCAUCGGGCCCUUCACCUUCCUGAGGGACCCCUGGAACUGUCUGGACUUCAGCGUCAUAGUUAUGGCGUUUCUAACAGAAUUUAUAAAAGUAGGCAAUCUGCAGGCCCUCCGCACGUUCAGGGUCCUCCGCGCUUUGAAAACUAUUUCCGUAAUCCCAGGUAAGCGCGAGGGUUUCCGCUCGGUGUCCAGUCCAACAGCUCGGGAUCUGACCCGCAUCCGGUCCACCUCUUUCCCAGCAACUUCCCAGCACUCCUGCUUCUUCGUUCUCCGCCGUGUUGUUGGCCCGUUGUUUGGUGUUGUUGUCAUUGUCUGUGCUCCGAUUCUGGCUCAUUGCAGAUAUGUUACUGAGUUUGUGGACCUGGGCAAUGUCUCAGCGUUACGGACAUUCAGGGUUCUGCGAGCGCUGAAAACUAUCUCAGUCAUCCCAGGCCUGAAGACGAUCGUGGGCGCUCUGAUCCAGUCGGUGAAGAAGCUUGCAGACGUGAUGAUCCUGACCGUCUUCUGUCUCAGCGUCUUCGCUCUCAUCGGCCUGCAGCUCUUCAUGGGGAACCUGCGGCAGAAAUGCGUCCGCAGCACCACACACUGUCUCAACACCACCCUACCUUCAUACAACAACAGCACUUUCUUCUGCAAUAACAGAAGCUGGUCCUCGCUGGAGGACUUCGUCACUAAUGAAGAUAAUUUCUUCAAAGUGGAAGGAGCCAAGGACGCCUUAAUAUGUGGGAACGCCAGUGAUGCUGGCAAAUGUCCGGAUGGUUUUGAAUGUAUGAAGACCGGACGAAACCCGAACUACGGCUACACCAGCUUCGACACCUUCGGAUGGGCUUUUCUCUCGCUCUUCAGACUCAUGACUCAAGAUUACUGGGAGAACCUCUAUCAUCACGUCAGCGCUGCGCUCGUGAGGAAAGCCUACAUGGUGUUUUUCGUGGUGGUGAUCUUCCUGGGCUCCUUCUACCUGGUCAACCUGAUCCUGGCUGUGGUGGCCAUGGCAUACGAGGAGCAGAACCAGGCCACCAUCGCUGAAGCCCUGCUGAAAGAGCAAGAGUUUCAGCUCGCCAUGGAGCGGCUCAAGAAGGAACAGCAGGCGGCUCAGAAAGCACAAGAAACCGAGUCCAUCUUGACGGCUGACGUGUCGCCGUUCUCCUCACAAGACAAAGGGAAUCUGGACCGGAGGAAAAGCUCGAGACCGCUGUCUGAAGGAACGGAGGACGGCAGCAACGACAAAUCAGCCAAGAUAGACACUAUAGAGGGGAUGAAGCAAACGCACUCUCUGCUGGUCCGUACUCUGUCCCUACGAGCCCGACGCGAGAGUCAGGUCAGCAUCUUUAACUUCCGGCCGCCGAACAAAGACUCUGAGGUGGACUUCGCGGACGACGAGUUCAGCAAUCACGGCGAUUCGGACAGCCGCGCCGGUUCGCUGGCUCUGCCCUGGAGCCGGAGACGGACCAGCGCUCAGAGCACCUGCAGUCACAGCUCGCAGUUCUUCUUCCCCAGCCUCAACAUCAACGGCAAGCUCUUCGUGGCCAUGGACCAGAACGGCCUCGGGGGCCCGGGGCCACUGUCUCCGCUGCCGCUUCCCGCCUGCACCAUGGAGAAGGUCAAAGAGGAAAGCGGACACAACUCCACCAAUGAGCUAAGCAGUAUGCUGCUGCCCCAGCUGCCCCAGGAGGGCCGAGACCGGGCCCUGAGCGCCACCAGCUACAUCACUGACGCCAUGGAAGAGCUGGAGGAGGCUCAGCAGAAGUGUCACCCGUGCUGGUACGUGUUCGCUCACGAGUAUCUGGUCUGGACGUGCGGCCCCCGCUGGCUGAAGGUGAAGGAGUGGGUGAAGUUCAUGGUGAACGACCCGUUCCUGGACCUGGCCAUCACUAUCUGCAUCGUCCUCAACACGCUCUUCAUGGCUCUGGAGCACUAUCCCAUGACGGACGAGUUCAACCGCAUGCUGUCUGUGGGCAACCUGGUGUUCACAGGUAUCUUCACGGCUGAGAUGGUUCUGAAGAUCAUCGCUCUGGAUCCGUAUUAUUACUUUCAGCUGGGCUGGAACAUCUUUGACAGUCUGAUCGUGAGCCUGAGUCUGAUGGAGCUGGGUUUAUCAAACGUGGAGGGUCUGUCCGUCCUGCGCUCCUUCAGACUGCUCAGAGUCUUCAAGCUGGCGAAGUCCUGGCCGACUCUGAACACGCUCAUCAAGAUCAUCGGGAACUCUGUGGGCGCUCUGGGGAACCUGACCCUGGUCCUGGCCAUCAUCGUCUUCAUCUUCGCCGUGGUGGGCAUGCAGCUGUUCGGGAAGAACUACGAGUCGUGCGUCUGUAAGAUCUCCAGGGACUGUACUCUUCCUCGCUGGCACAUGAAGGACUUCUUCCACUCGUUCCUCAUCGUGUUCCGGGUCCUGUGCGGAGAGUGGAUUGAGACCAUGUGGGACUGCAUGGAGGUGGCCGGUCAGCCGCUCUGUAUCCUGGUCUUCAUGCUGGUGAUGGUCAUCGGGAACCUGGUGGUCUUGAACCUCUUCUUGGCGUUGCUCCUGAGCUCCUUCAGCGCAGACAACCUCUCGGCUCCGGACGAGGACGGAGAGAUGAACAACCUGCAGAUCGCCAUCGCUCGCAUCCAGCGCGGCAUGCUGUGGCUCCGGCAGGCGCUCUGCGACUUCUUCAACGGCAACUUCAAGCGUCGCCGGCAGAAGGCCAAGGAGGCCAAGGCCAUGCUGAAGCUGAAGAGACUGAGCCAGCAGACGCACUGGGCCGAGGGCAACGGCUCGGCCGUCAUCGAGCGCACCGCCGAAGACGACAGCUACAUGACCAACCCCAACCUCACCAUCAGCGUGCCCAUCGCUCCCGGGGAGUCCGACCUGGAGUUCCCCGAGGAAGAGGAGGAGGAGGAGGAAGAUGAGGCCAGCGAGAGCGAGGACGAGGAGCAGCGGGAGGACACCAAACCGAGAGACGAGACCAGCCUAUCAGAGGGCAGCACGAUCGACCUGAGGAAACCCGGCGAGGAGGAGGAUGAAUACUCAGAGACAGCCGAAGAGGCCAUGGAUCCGGAAAACUGCUUUCCUGACGUGUGCGUCCGCCGCUUCCGCUGCUGUGACAUCAACACGUCCGAGGGUCUGGGCCGAGCCUGGUGGCGUCUCAGGAAGACGUGUUUUCAGAUAGUGGAGCACAGCUGGUUUGAGACCUUCAUCAUCUUCAUGAUCCUUCUCAGCAGUGGAGCUCUGGCAUUUGAAGACAUUUACAUCGAGCAAAGGAAAGUGGUCAAAGUGGUGCUUGAAUACGCAGACAAGAUCUUCACCUACAUCUUCAUCUUGGAAAUGAGUCUGAAGUGGAUCGCCUACGGUUUCAGGAAAUACUUCACCAACUACUGGUGCUGGCUGGACUUUCUCAUCGUGGACGUGUCUCUCGUAAGCCUGGUAGCAAACACGCUGGGCUACUCGGACUUUGCUGCCAUCAAAUCUCUCAGAACGCUCAGAGCCCUCAGACCGCUGAGAGCGCUGUCCCGGUUUGAAGGCAUGAGGGUGGUGGUGAACGCUCUGAUCGGAGCGAUCCCGUCCAUCAUGAACGUGCUGCUGGUUUGUCUGAUCUUCUGGCUGAUCUUCAGCAUCAUGGGAGUCAACCUGUUCGCCGGGAAGUUCGGUCGCUGCGUCAACCGCACCGGCUACAUCUACAACUCAUCCUUCAUCAACAACAAGAGCGAGUGUCUGGAGAUCAACAGCACUCAGUUCUACUGGACCAAAGUCAAGGUCAACUUCGACAACGUGGGAGCUGGAUACCUGGCUCUGCUGCAAGUGGCCACGUUCAAGGGCUGGAUGGAGAUCAUGUACGCCGCGGUCGACUCGCGAUCCGUGGAAGAGCAGCCCAUUAAAGAGAACAGCCUGUACAUGUACCUGUACUUCGUCAUCUUCAUCAUCUUCGGCUCCUUCUUCACGCUCAAUCUCUUCAUCGGCGUCAUCAUCGACAAUUUCAACCAACAGAAGCGAAAGUUAGGAGGACAGGACAUCUUCAUGACAGAAGAACAGAAGAAAUAUUACAACGCCAUGAAGAAACUGGGAACCAAGAAACCUCAGAAACCCAUUCCCAGGCCUCUGAACACGAUCCAGGGGUUCUUCUUCGACUUGGUGUCCAAGCAAGCGUUUGACAUCAUGAUAAUGCUGCUGAUCAUCCUCAACAUGGUGACGAUGAUGGUGGAGACGGACGAACAGUCUCCGAGCAUCGAGUACAUCCUCUACUACAUCAACCUGGCCUUCAUCGUCAUCUUCACCAGCGAGUGCAUCAUCAAACUCAUCGCCCUGCGCUGCUACUUCUUCACCAUCAGCUGGAACAUCUUCGACUUCGUGGUCGUCAUCCUCUCCAUCGUCGGUAUUGUUCUGGCAGACAUCAUCGAGAAGUACUUCGUCUCACCGACGCUCUUCCGCGUCAUCCGCUUGGCUCGAAUCGGACGAAUCCUCCGGCUCAUCCGCGGCGCGAAGGGAAUCCGGACGCUGCUCUUCGCGCUAAUGAUGUCUCUCCCGGCUCUCUUCAACAUCGGCCUGCUGCUUUUCCUCGUCAUGUUCAUCUACGCCAUCUUCGGCAUGGCCAACUUCGCCUACGUCAAGAAGCAAGGCGGCAUCGACGACAUGUUCAACUUCGAAACGUUCGGCAACAGCAUGAUCUGCCUCUUCCAGAUCACGACGUCGGCCGGUUGGGACAAUCUGCUCAGCCCGAUCCUAAACAACUCUCCGGAGGAGUGCGACCCGGACGUUCCUCACACCGGGACGAACGUCCGCGGAAACUGCGGCAAUCCCUCGGUGGGCAUCACGUUCUUCGUGACCUACAUUAUCAUCUCGUUUCUCAUCGUGGUGAACAUGUACAUCGCGAUUAUAUUGGAGAACUUCAGCGUGGCCACCGAGGAGAGCACCGAACCGCUGAGCGAGGACGACUUCGAGAUGUUUUACGAAGUCUGGGAGAAGUUCGAUCCGGAAGCGACACAGUUCAUAGAGUACUCCAAACUCUCGGAUUUCGCAGACUCGCUUUCCGAGCCGCUGCGCAUCUCCAAGCCCAACAAAAUCAAGCUGAUUUCCAUGGACCUGCCGAUGGUGAGCGGCGAUAAAAUACAUUGCUUGGACAUCCUCUUCGCGUUUACUAAACGCGUUCUCGGGGAGUCGGACGAAAUGGACGCGCUGAAGCAACAAAUGGAGGAGAAGUUCAUGAUGGCGAACCCUUCCAAGAUUUCCUACGAACCGAUCACGACAACUCUUCGGCGCAAGCAAGAGGAGGUUUCUGCGAUCAUGAUCCAGCGCGCGUAUCGGAGGCAUCUAAUACGACGACAGCUUAAGCAAGCUUCGCUACUUUACCGUCAACUCCACAUGCCGGACGCCGCCAAAGACGGCGACAGUUCGCCGGAGAACGAAGGACUUAUCGUUGCGAUGAUCAUGGAGAACUACGGCGCCGAAGCCGGAGUUACGGAAACGCUAUCGGCCACUUCGUCUCCGCCGUCGUACGAUAGCGUCACGCGAGCGACUAGCGAGCUUUUUCACGCUCUAAUCCCGGAUGCCGCGAACACGGACCUGAGCGAACCUUUCACAGACCGAGAUCGCGAGACGUUUCUGUGACGAUGAUGAUGCCGCCUUUUCCUUUUUGUUUACCGAAUGUAACAUAGACACAAAAUCCUGGGAGGUUUUUGUAGACUGUUUUAUUUCUCUUGUGGUUCACGUUCGUUUGAAUAUACAAGGGGAAAGUGUCGCAGACAUGCUCUUCGAACAUGCACACGUCAACCUUCACAGUUUGAAUGCAUGAAUGAGAUCCGUAGUCGCAAUUAGAGGAUGUAAUCAUCGUAUAUUAGACUGAACGCAACGCAUUUUAAUCCGUAAGGUCUUACUUAAAAUGCCGUGAUUCCUUUUAAGAUUUGAGAAGACGUAGAAGAAUCUUAGCGGUGCAUCCAUGUUAUAAAUGUUCAUACUUCACGCCGUUUUGGAAAGCAUGACGAUUACCUCUUUCCGAUUUGUGUCGCUAGCGAUGAAAAGACAGUGGUAUUUGCACUUUCUGUUGUUAUUAUUUAUUUCGCCAUUUCUUACGACGUUUCGCUCCUUAUAUCGAGAAUAGUAAAAGACAAUCAGACAUGCGCCAGAAAUGGUCACUCGCUUAAAACCUGUCUUUACUAACUUCUAGCGAACUAUUGCACAUGCUUCCUUUCGAGCGCGCGACACAUUCGUUUCUACGGCGAAGUAUUUCUUUUUGCAUGCGGAAACUGCAUGGUACGGAGGGGUUAACGAGAACACUUUUCUUUUCGAUUGUUUUGCACACCGUACGUUCAGCAAUAAUUUGCUACAUUUAGGAAUAACAUUAGCGAUAUUUAUUGGAAUUUAAAGGAAAAAAAAAAAACGUGUCAAAGUUUCUACUGUAACGGCCUCCAGCUGUAACUGUGGCUUAUAUUACUAGUGAAGAUUAUAGCACAUGUGUUUUUCUAUCUCAACCUGAUAUUAGGAGCUCAGUCCGCUCGAAGGCGCCGCCGCCGUUCGAUUCGGGUUGGCAGGUUUGGUGAAGGGCUGUUUUAUGUAGCAAUAGAUCCCAAGUGUGCCUGCUAGAACUAAAUCCUGUGUUUAUAAUACAUCUUCCUUCAUGCAUUCGUUUUGGGUUUUGAGAAUCAUCAGCAGACUCCAUUGGCAUGAUUGUAGGAAUUGACUCUAUGGCACAUUUGCUUGCGGUGUUUUCUGUCGGGAAACCCCAGGAAAAAGCAUUACUUAUUAGUAGAGACACAAAAAACGACAUCCAAGCGAAACAUUCUGCAAUGCAUCAUAAAAAAUGGCCGUUUAUUAGUUGUCCCAGAAAUGUUCGUCCGAGUCAAUCGUGGUGCAAGCAAACCUUAAAAUAUUACAUUUACACGAUAAAAUCAAAAUGAACGUUUUUGUUUACGUAAUAUAUGUGUGCGUACUGUGUAGAUUUCUUUAUGUAUGUGUAAAUACGUACGCAUAUGUAUUUUGAAAAUGUUUAUACGCAUGUGUUUACAUUCUUAAAAAAAUGUUUGGUUCCACAAAGAAACCUUCGGUUGAAGGUGCAAAAAAUGUCGAAUUUUGUUUUCUAGUAUAGAUGUCUAAACAUUCUUGACUCAAGAUGCAUUUACUGAAAUUAAAAUGACUCUUUUUUUUUUUUUAAAUCUAAAUUCUGUAAGUUUUUUCUUAAAACAAGCAAAAACAUCUGCCUAUGCGGUAAGAAAAGUUUCUUUUGAAAAAUAUUUUUUUUACCCCAUUGGCACACGUUUUUGUUUGUUUUAAGAAAAAACUACCUUUUUUUCUUAAGUUUACUAGUUAAUUAAAUUAAUCAUGAAUUGUUGUCUUUAUGGAACCGUGUAGACUCUUCUACGAGCACCUUUAUUUUUAAGAGUGUAUUUAUAUUAUACAAAAUAACUUUUUCUGAAAUAUAUACACUG